UUAAGUAAUGUAAUGGCGCUGUGCAAUCUUAUUUUAAAGCAAGUUUUCAUGAAAUAACUAAUCAAGGAGAAAAUAUGUUGGAAUACCGGUUUUAUAUCUUGCAAAUCUUAAACUUAAUGUUUUCAAAUCCUCGCUAUAUCCAACACAGUUAUUGGAAAUAAUGUGCGAUUCGUCUCAUAGACUUAACUCAAAAUGUAAUUGUGUUGUUUUACAUCAUAAAAACGUCAUUGCAGCUCACGUGGAAUGAUAGCGCCUUGCACGAACACGACAAACGUAACGUUAAUCUUCUCAAAUUUCAUCGUUAGAAGUAAGUAUCUUUAUUCUGUGUGUUUUGAAACUGAAGUCCUAUUUAAUAAAUGUAACGUUAAUGUCACUGGGCUAACGUUAACGUAUUUUAAAGCAAGUUUGCAUGAAAGAGCUAAUCAAGGAGAAACUGUUGCAAUCCCGGUUUUAUAUCUUGCAAAUCUAACGUAAUGUUUUUAAAUCUUGGCUAUAUCCAACACAGUUAUUGGAAAUAAUGUGCAUACAUUUAACUUGAUGUUUAUUGCAUCACAGAAAACUCUGUUGGAGCUCAGGUGGAAUGGUGGCAUUUUUAUCGUCAGUAAAACGUGCAGCACGAGAUCGCGAAACUUCAUCGUUUAAACAAAAAAACUCUGUUGGAGCUCACGUGGAAUGACAGCGCCAUUUUGAUCGUCAGUAAAACGUGCAGCACGAGAUCGCGAAACUUCAUCGUUUAAACAAAAAAACCCUGUUGGAGCUCACGUGGAAUGGUGGCAUUUUGAUCUUCAGUAAAACGUGCAGCACGAGUUUGCAACAAACUUCAUCGUUUAAAGUCCUUCGAGCUUGUUGAAAACAUUCAUCCAGAGAUAGUGAUUCUGGAUCCUGAGUCUUUGAAUGAUCUUGGUCCACUGCAAGCAUAUAAAGUAGCAGGAAAGCUCCUGGUAUCUCUGAAAGUCUUUCUUCUACAUUAAAAGAUAAUGUUGCUUCGGGUCUUCAUCUCACCCCAGAACAUUCGGAAGGUCCAACUUCCACAGCGGCCUGACUCGGUGGAUAAUUUAAAAGCAGAACUAAAAUCAAAGUUUGAGAUUCAAGAAGACUUUUUCAUACAAUACGAGGACCCUGACUUUGGAAACGAACUGUGCAAUUUAACAGACAUUUCUGAGCUGCCAGCUGAGAGGGCGGUUUUAAAAAUUGUGUUGGACAAAGAUUUGUCUUUGACUCAACAAUCUGAUACCCAAUCUGUUUCCUCUCUUGAUACUGCCAGUGUGUCAAGGUCGUCCUCCCAGAGUCCUUCAACCAUCGUUCAGAGCUAUAUGAGAAGUACAUCGCAGUGGCCGUCACCUUUUCCAAUUCCUACUUUCUCUUAUGAUGUUGAGUUUAGACUUCGCAAAGCAAAUGAGGUUUAUGAACAAACAAACAAGGCUUUAAGUGUACCAAGAGAAAUGAAGUCGCACAUCUUGGAGAAAGUUGCAGAGGCAAUUUUUGCUGUAAAAGCUUACCCACUCCCAGAGGAAAUUGAAACUGUCGCUUCUGCACUCGUGUUGAAGCAUCCCUGCCUUACAGAGCCAGGUAUGGGGAAAGGAUUUGAUGGGUGGAAAAUGAGCCUAAAAUACAAACUUGGCAAUUACAGGUCAAAACUGCGAUCAGCUGGUUGCCAUGAAGUUGGUAUCAACAAAAAAAGAGGGGGAGAUGGUGAAGACCACAGAAAGUCUCUUAAAAAGGCCAAACGAGGAGAGGUUAAUUACUUACCGGAUCAUCCUACAGGCCAGUCUGAUGAUACUCUGGAGGAGGAAAGACUCAUACUGGUAGAGGAACUAAAGAAGAGGAAUAAAAAUGAGACGCUCAUCAGUCAGAAAAUGAACCUGACAUUUUCACUUCGGCGACAAGAGGUUGUGGAAGUUGGGCCAAUGGUGUCUGAGAUGCUGGAACGAUGGCCUGCCCUGUUUCUUUCAAAUGAGAUUGGUUAUGAGUUCAAACGCAUUACCAAUGUGGAUCUCCUUGAUAAAUUCAGAUUAUCGUUACACCAGCAUACACCACAACUUCUGAAGUUGUACAGAGCAAGACAGGGGGCUUUUGGAAAAGAGAUGGAAGAUCUUCUUAACAGGCUUGAUCAACAGACCUCAAAUAUUGUGAAUCACCGAAAGCAAACAGUUCUGGAAGGUCUCCCAUUGUUUCUCCGUGAAGAUCCUUCUGCACUUUUAAAAAAAUGUCUGGACACAUCGCCAAUAGACAGACAGACCAGAGGGAUAAAAAUGGGAAUUCUGGCGAUAACUGAGGAUGAUGUCGCCUCUAGCGAAUUGCCAACCUUUCAAAACUUUGCGAUUGUUUUGGAGGAGGCAAUUGUUCUGAAGGACAUUCCAGACCUUCCAUCUGCGGUUUCAUACCUGUUUGGCCUUGUCUUUGCCUUGAAUUUUGAAUACCCCAAAGAAUUGAAAUAUACUUUUGAAGUAAUUGAGAAGGUGUUCAUGGAAAUGGGCACUCAGUGCUCUGCGAGGGUACAGUCCUUAAAAACAAAACUCUUGCUGUGAAAGUUAAAAUUGUGUGAAUUGAAGUUGGAACAGAGUAUGUUAAAAGGUAAAACAGAUUGUUGAAUUGUUGUGAAUUGUUUACCCAUGUUCAGGUAUGUUUUAAGACUGUUUAAUGACAUUAUGAUGAUUUUUUUUGUGUUAUGCACAUUGACACUUUUGCUCUACAAGGGUAUUAUUGCUGAGAACUGUUAAUUUAGUUGUGAGCAUCUUUUGAAUUAAACUAAGAUUAAGACUAAGAUUUUAACAUUAGGACAUUAAUAUUAAAGUUUUUGAAAUGUAACUUUG